GGUGCUGCCGCCGAUGACGCACGGAAACGAGCGAAAGGCUACCUCCGCAACCUACAUAACGCGUGUAAGCUGCGGAAGGUGUGUUAUUGUGUUAUUUUUCGUUUAGUGUGUCUGCACGCACAUAAAUAAUUAGCAUAACAUAGGCGAGAUGGCUGAUUUUGGUUUUGAGGCUAACUUUGAUGGUGAAAUUCCCACGGAAGAAGAUCCAGCUGCAGAAUUUCUGGCAAGAGAACAAGAUGUAUUGGCUGGCCUGGAAGAUGACAAUUUCGUUGCACAACCAGAGGCUGAACUUGUAGCAGCCAAUGGACCUGCAGCAGCACCAGAAGUACCACAGAUGAACGGCCCUUCCGAGCCACCAUCAGAGUUCCCGGAACCAGCCCCUAGACCCAUAGCGAGGGAAGAACCCGAGAAGAUCAAGACGUGGCGAGAGGAACAGAAAAUGAUGCUCGAGCAGAAGGAUGCCGAAGAGGAGGAGAAGAAAUCUGAACUGAGAGCUGGAGCUAAGAAAGAACUGGAUGACUGGUAUGCCCGUUACAACGAGCAGAUUGAGAAGUCCAAGCAAACUAACAGAAACUCGGAAAAGGAGUGGGUGCUCGACAGAGACUCUAAGAGUUCCAACGGUCAAGAGUGGGAGACCAUAGCCAAGCUGUGCGACUUCAACCCCAAGGCGGCUCGUAACAGCAAGGACACAUCUCGCAUGCGUACCAUUAUCCUGCAGCUGAAGCAACAGCCUCUGUCGGCUACAAAAUCAGCCUAACGAGUGCAGUAUAGAUGGUCUAAGUUUGCCGUAGUGGGGACUGAAUGCACUGCUGAGUGUCUGAAUCAAAUAGUCGAGAAAGAUAGUCGAGAAGCAAACUAGUAUGGUAUAGUGGUCGGAUCUCUCCGGAGCAGCGGAAUAGGCGGACGUGAUCCUGGAGAUUGUCAGCUCGGUGGCGAUCGUGCAAGAAAGGCUGGACAAAUUGCUUUUCCGUGCAACACACUUGAACAAUGCUGUCUGGUGCUAAACAAGCACUCCUGCCUUCCUCCAGCAUGCCGCGUAUAAAGCCAGUGUGUUGCUUGCUGUAGAAAACAGUUGCAGACAAUUCGAAACUCUGAAGGCCUGUAUGGCUGAAGACUGCUGAUUUCCGUGGCUACAGCUUCCAAAAGAAAUGAUUGUGAUUUGAUGGGGCUACUAAGCGGGACUUGUUUAGUGUAGGUGCUGUUGCGUGGCAGAAUAGCAGAGAACAGAAAAAGAACGCUGUGCUUCAUAAGCGUUUACUGCAAUUUACUCCAACACUAAUUUCACUGAGUUUGUCUAGCAACUCAUAAGAUGGAAACUGUUCAAAUUUGCCUCAUACGGUUUGCUUCCUGAUCAUCUUGCAAGGUCUACUAUUUUUUGUCACUCUGAAUGUCAUACAAAUACCUAUUGUAACCUUAAUUCACAACAGCUAUGUGUCUGUGGCCAGAGUUUGUAAAUGUACAGGGUACAUAUGCAAUUUUGCACACCUUUCAAUAAGUAGUUGUUAUUGAAUGCAGCAUUCCAUCAUUUUCGCAGUGGGUAACAUAGAUGUGUAGAACUUUUAGCCCUCAGCAUGCUAAAAUCACUAUGGAUUGGAACACCAACAGACACAUAUUCUGCAUAUUUUGAGAGGCUUGCUUUCUGUAUCUUCUACAUACUUACCGUACUUUACUAGUUUCUGGCUUAGUGACUUCUUCACCACUGAAGCAGUUUCUUAUAGCAGUUAUAUUGUAUUACAUCUGUCACUGCUUCAAUACCUUUUAGAAACUGAAGUUUACGAGCUACAAUAUGGCACGUUUCAUGGCAGUAACUAUUAACAUGAAGCUGUAGCGCGUGUAGCGUUGGUAGGCCCUUAAAAUAUGAAGUGAUAAUUAUAUGAGGGCUCAACUGUAAUCUGCUGUUGAACAAAACAUGCUCGUUUCCGUAUCGCUUGUGUUUGUUCAUGUUUCAUAUAAACAAGCACACUGUGCAUCUUAUGCUUCUGUGUAUAACACAAACACGAUCUGAAUGCUAUCUUACCAUACUCUAAUAAAAGCAUGGUAAUGCAAAUUUAAUAAAACAAUAUAAAGUUAUCUGAUGGAGAAUUUGUGACGAAGGUGUGAGUGUAUGUGCUAUGUUGUGUGCCUGUCAGUUCUUUUUGUAGGUUCCUGGGCACCAAUAAAAUUGUUGUUAGACCACCA